AUGGCUUCUGUGCAACAGCUCUUUUCUCUCGAAGGCCAGACCGCCCUCGUCACUGGCGGCACACGCGCAAUGGCCAUUGCCCUCGCUGAAGCCGGCGCAGACAUUCUGCUCGUCCAGGUAAAACUCCCCAUCCACUCUUUCCGCCUCACACUAACCUCCCUCUCCNAGCGCGACGAAUCAAACCAAUCCACCCUCCAAGAAAUCCGCAACCUCGGCCGCAAAGCACAAAUCUACACCGCCGACCUCGCCUCCCGCGACUCUGUCUCCUCUCUCGUCAAANAAGUAAUCUCAGACGGUUACCAGAUCCACAUUUUGCUCAACUGCGGCGGCAUCCAACGACGACACCCCGCCCACCAGUUUCCAGACAAUGACUGGGACGAAGUGCUAAACGUAAACCUCAACUCGGUGUUUACACUCUGCAGAGAUGUAGGCGCACACAUGCUCUCCCGCGACCCCGACGCCCAUGGCAGACGCGGCGCCAUCAUCAACAUUGCCUCUUUGCUGUCCUUCCAAGGCGGAAUCACCGUGCCAGCUUAUGCGGCAAGCAAAGGCGGAGUCGCGCAAUUGACAAAAGCAUUGAGUAACGAGUGGGCAGCCAAAGGCAUUAAUGUCAAUGGCAUUGCGCCCGGCUACAUCGCCACAGAGAUGAAUGAUGCAUUGAUGAAGGACAAGACGAGGAGUGAGCAGAUUAUGGCGAGGAUUCCGGCUGGCAGGUGGGGCAAGCCUGAGGAUUUCAAGGGGCCAGUUGUGUUCCUUGCUAGUAGGGCGAGUGGCUAUGUCAGUGGUGAGAUUUUGACUGUUGAUGGUAGUUGGAUGGCUAGGUAG